GAGUUGUUUUCUUGCCCGAGGAGCGGCACAUGUAAACUGAAGCCAAAAGUCCCCCCUGAGCUCAUGAGCGUGUGUGUGUGUGUGUGUGUGCGUGCGCGGGCUGCUGUGUGCCUAAUAGGAAAUAGUAAAAGCAGUGAGGCAGGUCAUUUUGGGAGCGAUUAUAAUCCAGUCCUGGUCACCGCAUACACGGAGAGCAGGAGCUGGGAGCGCACGGGCCAGCGGCGGCGGCGGCGGCAUGAGCGCGGCGUAGAGGCACCGGCGGCGGCGGCGGCGGCGGGAGCAGCGCCCCGUGCCCCCGCCCGCCGCUGCCCCCUCCCCGAUGAGCUCCUACUUUGUCAACCCGCUGUACUCCAAGUACAAGGUGGCGGCGGCCGCGGCGGCGGCGGCGGGGGAAGCCAUCAAUUCCCCGUACUACGACUGUCACUUCGCACCCGAGGUGAGCGGCCGACACGCCGCUGCCGCCGCCGCCGCCGCCGCCGCUCUGCUCUACGGGAACGGCGCGGCCGCCGCCGGCUUCCCGCACCCUGCGCCCGGCGGGGCGGGGGGCGGCGGCGGCGGGGCCGCGGACUUUUACCACCCGGCCGGGGGGAGCCCCACGGCCGCCUACCAGCCGCCUCCUCCUCCCCCCGCCGCGCCUCCGCCUCCUGCCCCCUGCAGCGGGGUUACCUGUCACGGGGAGCCCGCUAAAUUUUACGGAUACGAUAACUUACAGAGACAGCAGAUUUUUACGACACAGCAAGAGGCCGAGCUGGUACAAUAUCCUGACUGUAAAUCGUCCAGUGCUAAUAUUGGCGAGGAACCAGACCACUUAAAUCAGAGCUCGUCUCCUGCUCAAAUGUUUCCCUGGAUGAGACCACAAGCGCCGGGUAGGAGGAGAGGAAGACAAACAUACAGCCGAUUCCAGACUCUAGAGCUGGAAAAGGAGUUCCUAUUUAACCCCUAUCUGACCAGGAAGAGAAGGAUCGAGGUGUCCCACGCACUAGGACUCACCGAGAGGCAGGUAAAGAUCUGGUUUCAGAACAGGAGGAUGAAAUGGAAAAAAGAGAACAACAAGGACAAAUUCCCCGCUUCCAGACAGGAGGGAAAGGAAGGGGAGGCCAAAAAGGAAGCACAUGAUCUGGAAGAAGACAGAGCUGAAGGCCAGACGAAUUAAUUUUUGCCCCAAAUGUCUUUGUGAAAGUCAAUCAAAAAUAACCAGGGCUAAAGCCCGACAUCUCGGCUCAUCCACCCCUCUACGUGAUCUUGUCAUGGGACGCAUGAACCCGCAUCCCUCCGUUUGACAUUUCCCUGCUUCGGGUGCUUUACUUGUUUGUGCUUUUAUUUUGUUUAUAAGCGUAUCUAGAAGGAUGCCUAGAUUUAACAUUUCAUCUACUUAUUUUUUUUCAAAUUUGAUACAGAGUUUGUAGCAAUAAAUUUCUAAUGAUAUAUAAAUAUAUAUAUAUAUUUGCAAUCUUAAAAGACGGUGAUUGUGGGAAACGACAUAAACUUUCUAAUAAUAAAUAUCAAUAUGUAAGACAUUUAACAAUGCUUUAUUAAUCAAGACAAGUGCACUUGUACUAUUUCAAUUGUUGAUCUUAUGUUGGAUAAAUUAAAUAAAUUUAUUAAUCUUUAAGAAAAUAUCAUGGGAAUAUAUUUAACCUUCUUCUAUAAUAUUGAUUAAAAUAAACCAAAUUUAUUCAAUUACAAAA